AUGGAUGAUUUUUCUGUGUUUGGUGACUCCUUUGAAUUAUAUCUCAGAAAUCUUGAGCGUGUUCUUACCCGAUGCCAGAAUAGAAGAGACUGGGCAGAUCACUUGGAUGAUGCUCUCUGGGAAUACAGAACUGCAUAUAAGACUCCUAUAGGGACAACUCCAUACAGAUUAGUCUAUGGAAAAGCCUGCCACUUACCUGUUGAACUUGAACACAAAGCUUAUUGGGCUAUUAAAUUUCUGAAUCUUGAUUCCACUCUUGCAGGUGAGAAGAGGAAGCUUCAACUGAAUGAAUUGGAUGAAUGGCGCGCCAUGGUGUACGAAAGUUCCAAACUUUACAAAGAAAGGGUGAAGGAGUACCAUGAUAGGUAUAUCAAGCACCCUAAACAAUUUCAAGUGGGAAACCAAGUUUUACUAUUCAACUCAAGGCUAAGACUAUUCCCAGGAAAGCUUAGGUUACAUUGGUCUGGUCCAUAUACGGUCACUCAAGUUUCUCCGCAUGGAGCAGUGAAGUAA